UAUUUAAACAGAGUCAUCAGAAGAUAGAGUUUUGAAAGAAAUAGCGAAAAGAGAUAUCUGUCUGAUCUUCUUCUCUCUCCAUUGACGACAGAUAAAAGAACACAGAAGGAGGACUCGUCUCUUCUCUCCCUAAAAACUCAGAUUCUUUUUCCUCUUCAGCCAAAACCCUGAGAUUUUCUGGAAAAUCUGUUCUUACACUCGUUUUCUUUUCUAAGGAAACAAAUGGGUGCGCAAAUUAUAUACUGUGAUGGCUUCGAGGUGGUUCCUCCUCCUCCAGAGAUGAACGACCUAAUACUCUUCGGAAGCGACCAAUCUGGUGGUGGUGGUGGUGGUGGCGAUUCAAACUGCGGUGAAUCAACAGUCACCACCGAAGAAGACUGUACUGUUUUCUCCGGCGAUAGUUCAACGGGAUGGCCUGAAACUAAGCUUUUCUCCUUCUACUUCGUCAAGCAACCGGUUUACGAUGAUCCCGACGUCAAAUCCAAGAUCAAUGAAGCUGAUUCCGAGAUUUAUCACUGUAAUAAACGGAGAAUGAAUGUCUACAGUGCUCAGAAAACUCAAAGGGCUGAGGUUGCGUCUUUAUAUGCUCAAAUGGAGAGCUUGGUUGCUAAAUCGCAAGGAUGUAAAGUGGUUUUGGAAGAUAAGAAGAAGGAGUUUGAUUCUCUGGUGGAAGGUCUACGGUGCUCUAGCAGUGAACAUCUUUGCUUUUCAAAGGAGGAGCUUGACCAUCUUAUAUACACAGCACAUCGCGUGAUGGAACAUGGAAGCAUUGGUGUGGAGGAAGAAAAUUGGCUGCUUAAAGAGACCGAGGAGACAAUUAGAAGUGAGGACUCUCUUGCGCAGAAAGAAGCUUCCAUACAACGUCUCAAGUUAUUGGCUGUGGAAAUGAAUGAAGUAAAGAAGGAGGCUGAAGCGAUUACAAGGAACAUUCAGCAGUUGAAUGACAAAAUAGGAAAGAUUCAGAACAAGAUCAUGGUUUUGGAUGCAGAAAUGGGAUACAUACUUGAACAGAGAGACAAAUCAUUUGAUAAGAUUAAGAUGCUGAGGAUACAACGAGACAAAGGGAAUGCUGUGUUUUUCCAGAGCCUUGCUGCUAUGAGGAAAGCUAAAGAACUGGCUGCUUCUGGAAAUGUUAGAGACCUUGAACUGUACUCUAGCUCUGAGGUUGAUAAAUUCAUGACUCGUUGGAACGAUGACAAGGAUUAUAGAGAUGACUACGUGAAAAGAACCUCGCACUCACUCGGUGAAAGAGAGCUCAGCCGAGAUGGGAGGACGAGAGAUACUGAAGGUGAAGCUCAGGCUGUUGUGGUUAAGACUAGAAAAGAAGGUAUGGCUGUUCACAAGUCGAACAAAGAAGAUUCAAGCUCAAACUCGUCUCGAGAUGGAGAUGUAAUCACUGAUAAACAAAGGAAAGAAGCGAGGAAGAAGAAGGCGAUGGAGUUCAACAAGUCAAGUGCUGAGGAGAGUGAUGUUAUAGACUCGGAGUUCCCGGUGUACGAGAAUCCCAAAAAGAAAGAAGAAGAAGAAGAAGAGGUGGAUGAAGUAACAUUGAAGGAGAGGAAACGAGAGGAGCAGCUAGAGAAAGCUCGGUCAGCUAUGGAAAGGAAAAGGAAGCUGCAAGAGAAAGCUGCCGCUAAAGCUGCUAUAAGGGCUCAAAAGGAAGCUGAAAAGAAGCUCAAGGCAAAUGUUACGUUGUGUCAUCAUCACUUCUUGUUUCAUUGGUCUCUUUCUAAAUUCUUCGUUUUGUUUUGGCAGGAGUGUGAGAAGAAGGCGAAGAAGAGAGCUUCUGCGUCAAACUCUUCUGCUCUCCUCCAAUCACAAGAGGCAAUCAAUGAGCUGGAGAAGGUUAGUACUAUAGCAGUCUCAGGGAAAGAGAAACAGAAAUCGAUGUUUCCAAAGAGGAGUUUCAGGUACAAACACCGUGGAAGAGGAACCGAAGCUCUCCCUAAAGCUAUCCUAAACCGUAGAAAGGCUCACAGAUACUGGGUUUGGGGACUUUCAUCUGCUGCACUUGCUCUUUCGCUCUUCCUCGGGUUUUUACUUUUACGGUGAAAAUGAGCAAGGAAAGAGACAGUAAAAAAAGGGGUUUUUUACUUUUAUCUAAUUGGAGAAUGAUAGAUAUAGUGAGUGAAGGAGAAGCUUAUUCGGGACUUUGGAAGGUAGUUUAUAGUUCUUUUGAGCUUCAUAACCUUAGAUGUUGGUUAAUAUGUUUGUCUGUUUAGAGAGCUGUCUGAAAAAAAAAAAACAUCCUAUUUGUUAGUAGGAGCUUGUGAGCGUCCAUGGAGACCUCCAGCUGUCUUUUUUAAGUGAAUGGUUACAUCUGUCAGCAAAGUUUAAUCAA